CGGGCGGCGGGGCGGGGCUCGGGCCGGCAGGGCCGGGAGCGAAAACCGGCAGCGGGAAGCGGCCGCCGCCCGGGCAGCACAGGGCGAGGCGAGGCGAGCGAGGCGGGGCGGGGCCGAGCGCAACGGGAAGGGGAGGCCCCGCAGGCCGGGAGCCGCGCCGCGCCAGCCCCGCCGCAGCCUCCGGGCACCGAGCCGCGAUGGGGCUGGAGACCGAGAAGGCGGACGUGCAGCUCUUCAUGGACGACGACGCUUACAGCCACCACAGCGGCAUCGACUACGCUGACCCCGAGAAGUUCGUGGACUCGGGCCAGGACCGGGACCCGCACCGGCUCAAUUCGCAUCUCAAGCUAGGCUUUGAAGAUGUGAUCGCAGAGCCUGUGACUACGCACUCCUUCGACAAAGUGUGGAUCUGCAGCCAUGCCCUCUUUGAAAUCAGCAAAUACGUGAUCUACAAGUUCCUGACCGUGUUCCUGGCCAUUCCCUUGGCCUUUGCUGCAGGAAUUCUCUUUGCCACCCUCAGCUGUCUGCACAUCUGGAUUAUAAUGCCUUUUGUAAAAACCUGCCUAAUGGUUCUACCUUCAGUGCAGACAAUAUGGAAGAGUGUGACAGAUGUUAUCAUUGCCCCAUUGUAUACGAGCAUAGGACGCUGCUUCUCUUCUGUCAAUGUGCAACUGAGCAAGGACUGAGCACUUAGACUGCUGUCUGGAGAUUUGGAUACUGUAAUACUUCUUUGUUUUUGUAACAUAAAAGCACUACUGUUCUCUUCAUUUCUCAACUGUUCUAAUUAAGAAAACUAUUAAGAUGGGCACCCGCAUUUGGAAACGGUUAUGGACAGAUCUUUUCAAGUAAUGGUUUUCUAAUUAACGGCCAAGAAUUUCAUGUCCAACUUUAUAACCAGAAUCAUACAGUAGGUUGACAUCAUUUAAUUUUAAAGGGAGACAGUUUUUGCUUUAGUAAAAAAAUACACAUUUUAUACUGAUGAGCUUAUGAUUAAGGAACACGUCUCUCAAAACACUACAAUACCUUUGUACACAACUGCUCAUAAAAUGUGGAAUUUCUUAUACAUAUAUAUAUAUAUAUAUAUUUUUACUCUGGGAGUAAUGCUUUUUCUAUUACUUUUACAGAUAUAAGGAUACCUAGAGAUAACAAAUACCAAGAUCCUAGAAACUGAAAUAGCAAAGCAAAUAGUGAUAACUAUCACUAUCAAAUAUAAUAAAUAAAUGUGAAAAUAGAUUCACAACAAUGUGUUCCUUUCAGAUAUUGUUAACCUAUGGACCUAUUUAACAAGUUGUUUCAUUUUACUGUAUAUUUUGUACUUAAUGUAAAUGUUGCUCUAAUCAAAUUGCUUUAAAGCAUUUUUAUUAUAUUUGUUAUCUUGUUGAACUAAUAUAUAGAAAAAGUAAAUGUAUUUCCCACAAAGUAACUUUAUUGGUAAAAUUGUACUGUCUUGAUUAUGUAAACAUUUAUAUAGCUCUUUGGGAAUGGAAUGUAAAUGAAUGGAAUUUGAGGUUUUUCUUUCUAACUUUUCUAAGCAAAAUCCUAAAACGUUUUAUGACUGAUACUGAUCUUAAGAUAAUUUAUAUCUAAUUGCUAUCUUGUCUAGAAGAUGCUUUCUCUCUUAUAGUUGCAAAUUUAAUCUUAUAACUGCAAAUUUAAUUCUGCUUUCCUAUGAAUGUUUCAUUUUACUUUCAAAUAAUGUUGGUGCUAUUUAAUAACAUUUUAUGAUAAAGGCUAUUUCUGACCCUACAAUAAAUUUCUACUAAAUGAUUCAUAUAGAGAGGUUUACAGGAGGGUUGUGAAAUUUGGGGGGUCUAUGCUGUGGAACUACAUGCAUUAAUUAAAAACUAGCAGCUAUAAUUUUUUAAGAUAUUCUCUAAUAUAGAUUUUGUAAUACCAUAUAUCAUUAUUGGUUUUGAACUAUAGAGUCCUAUUUUAGUUUUACAAGCUACUAUGACUUUAAAAAUCCCAUUCUGGAAUGAUAAAUGUACAAUAAAUGUCUACAGUGUGAGUAACUACUAUAAUUUACAUAUCUUAAAAGUGUGUAAAUACUCAAAUUUCAGAACUACCAUUGAAAUUGAAAUAAGUCUUUUGAAUAUCCUCAUAAGUGACAAAUCUUUCCAAAAUUACCAGUUCUGAUGAGUAUAAAGGAUAAUUGAACUGGAAUACUAUUGGGAACCAAAUCAAGAAAAUGAUUAAAUUAUGGAGCUCAUAUCAUUUUGAAGGUAGUGACAUAAAAGACAUUUCAAAACCAUGUUAGGACUUUGUAACAUUCUUAGAAAAGACUUAUGAUCAUGCCUUCAAAGCACUGUCACUCAUUUGGCUAUAUAGAUUUUACUAUGUUAAUUUAAAAGGUCAAUCAGUCUCAUGACUUUAUAGUUAUACUUUGUAUUUAAAAAAUUUUUUAAACAUUUAGAUAUGUUGACUAGCCCAAAAUAAUUGAUUAAUUGAAUAUCUAUUUUAAUAAAUCAAAUAUUUUUGGCAAGUUUUAAAGCCAAAAUAUAUACAAAAGUAUGUAAUUAUAAUAAUGUAUAAGUGAUAAACAUGAUUUCUUUAUUUCUGAAUAGUAUUGUUUACUUUCAAAAUGAAUUUUUAUUGAGAGUUUUCAUGAAAAUAAAAAAUUCAAAUUUUGGAUAAAGCUGGGAAAGAUGACAUACACCUACUAUCCCAGUGACUCAGGAGGUUGAGACAGAAGGGUAACAAGUUUGAUAUCAGCCUCCAAAAUUUAGCAAGACCCUGUCUCAAAAUGAAAAAUAAAAAGAUCUGGGAAUGUAGCUCAGUAGUAAAGCACCUCUGGGUUCAAUCCCUAGUUCCGAAACAAAAAAACAACUUUUGGAUAAAGUGAAUCAAAGUUUCAAAUGCAAACAUGUCAUUUCUUUUAUUUGGGGCAAAAGGAAGACAUGAGUCUUCCUCAUUAUCCAUAAUAAACUUUCUAAAAACUCA